AUGGCGGACGCCAUCACCUAUGCAGACCUGCGGUUCGUUAAGGCGCCCCUGAAGCAGAGCCUCUCCAACUGGCUAGGUCAGGGGAAAGGCGGGGACUCCGAUGCUUACGAGGAUGGCGACCUCACCUAUGAGAACGUCCAGGUGCCCUCAGCUCCCGAGGGGCCCGGGGGUGUGGCUCCCGCUGGACUCGGGGACCCUGCAGGGGUCCAGCCCGGGCCGCCCUCCGCCGCCUGGAGCGCCACGACCUCAGCAGCCGCUGGGCGCGUUCUCCCACGCUGUGCAGCCUCCCCCCAGGUCCCCCUCUUGGGCCUGCUUCUCACCUGUUUGCUGUUGGCCGUGGCUGUCGUCUGCCUGGGAGUGCGCUACGCGCAGGAGGCCCAGCAGCUCCAGCAAAGGGACAGGGCUCUGGAGGCCGCCAACAGCAGCCUGCGCCAGCAGCUCCUCGCCAAGGCGGCCCAGCUGGGGCAGAGGGAGGAGGAGCUGCGGGGCUCCAGGGCCGCGCUGGCCCAGCGGGAGACGGCACUGAGGGUGGCACAGGAGCUGCGCCGGGAGGCAGAAGAGCAGGUGCAGACCUGCCAGUCGGACAGCAGACAGACGGACGAGGCCCUGCAGAGGGCGGAGGGCCGCCGGGCCGCCCUGCAGCGGGGCCUGAGCACCCUCAGGCCCUUCUUCACCUGCCAGUCCUCAGAAACUUGCUGCCCUGUGGGAUGGAUACUGAACAAGGCAAGCUGCUACUACAUCUCGGUGACUGGGAGAAGUUGGGAGGAAAGCCAGAAGUAUUGCAAAUCUCUGUCCUCCGAACUGGCCAGGUUCAGAGACUCCCAACAUAAUUCAAAUCUUCACCCGUCGGGUCCUAACGGCCUUUCGCGCAUUUGCUCGGUUUCGUCGGUGACUGCCGAGAGCAGCCUUGUGCUGUCCCCUCCCCGGGACCUGGUCCCGGUGGCGCACUGUCUCGGGAACACGCGGCAGAUUGGCCCUGUGCUGUCCUUCUCUCUCCCCUCAGAUGAGGAUUUAGCCAGGGCUUCAUAG